AUGAAGGCCUUUAUUGUACUAGCACUCUGCUGUAGUUUUUUCUCUAGCAGAGCCAUUCCUCUUGCCUUUGAGUUCUCGGACUGUGAUGACCCUGAUGUCUUUAAAGCUGUUGACGCAGCACUGAAGAAAUACAAUGGAGACAGCACAACUGGUAACCAAUUUGCUCUAUACGUGGUGAUGGAAGCCAAGAGAACUGCAGGUCCUGACCCACAGUUCUAUGUGAAAUACAGAAUACUUGAAAGCACUUGUGCCACUGAGGAAAACAAACACUGGCAACACUGUCAUUACAAAGUAUCUGCAGAGGCUAAAACAGGAGAAUGCACAGCUCGAGUUCAUAUGAAUGAUGCUGAUAAAACAACUAAUGUUUCACAAGAGUGCAAAAUUUUCUCAGAUGUGUCAAAGAUAAGACUUACUGAGGCUCCAUGUCUUGGAUGCUUUCAUCAUAUAUCAAGUGAUGGUUCAGAAGUGUCAGAAAUUCUGAAAAAAGCCAUUCAAAAGUUUAACAAGCACAGCGAUGAACUUGCCCUUUUUAAGCUUGUGGAAAUAAAAGAAGCUAAGAGACAGGUGGUAGCCGGAUGGAAUUAUGUAAUUAGAUAUGAAAUUGAGGAGACUAAUUGCACCAAAGACCAAUUUCAAGAUUUAACUCCAGAAUGCAAAAUCACUUCUAGAGGUCGUGUAGCUAAAUGUGAGGCCAAAGCAUUUCAGAAUCUUCAGGCAGAGAUCGUAGAUACCGCCAGCGACUGCAAGCUUCCAGUUGAAGAAACGGUAGUUGCUGCCAUUUGCCCAGGUUGUCCAAGGACUAUCCCAAAUGACAGUCCAGAACUGAAGGAACUACUGAAGGUUUCUACAGAGAAGUAUAAUUCAGAGAGCAAUGAUGACUUCUACUAUAAAAGUGGAGAAAUACAAUCAGCAACAGUUCAGGUGGUUGCAGGAAAAAAAUAUCGAGUAAAAUUUACAGUCUGGAAGACAAACUGCUCUAAGAGUGAGUUUGAAAAACUUACUGAAGACUGUACAGCCACAUCAAACAGUGCAUCACUGUCAUGCAAUGCACAAAUUCACGUGAUCCCAUGGCAGAAUAAAAUUUAUCCCCAGGUGAACUGCUCUGAAGAGCAGCAAGUGGUGUUCUUUGCAAGAAGGCCUCCUGGAUUCACACCUUUCCGAAGCACUGGGAUGCUAAGCCAGCCACAUGCAGUUUCACAUGCUGAUAAAAAUGAAGAAGAAAGUCAAAGCCCUAGCACAGAAACGAGGAAAGACAAUGGACAGGAACCAGAAGGCGAAGGUGAACCUGAGCACAAACACAGGCACAAACACAGGCAUAAGCACAGGCAUGGAGUUCAAAAGGAUCAUGACAGUGACAAAAGGCAUAGGCAUGACAUUGGUUACGGGCGCAGAAGUGGCCAUGGGUGUGGGCAUAAAAAACACAAUAAAAAGAAUAAACAUAAACAUCCAAACCUCAAAUCUUCUGAGGAGUUAAAUGAAAGGGGUUUUAAUCAAAAUGAAACCCUCCCAUCAUCAAGUGCUGAAACUGCACUGGAGCUGGUUAGUACAGGGGUUGCAAGGGAGGAAACCAGUAGACCUACAGAGCCACUAAUUGUUCCUGACACUUCUUUAUUUAAUGAGUUGCCAGAUCGCCCAGAAUCUCCUCGCCCCAGAUGUCCUGGAAAACCAUGGAAACAACUUUUGGGCUUUCCAGCCCCUCCUAGCUUUCCCAGAGAAUUCACAAAUGAGGAUCUCUUGCCUUCUGCAGCAGAAAACAGCAAUCCAGCUACAGAAAACAACGAGGAAGACUUUGAUCUCAGAGAUGCUUUAGCAUAA